UUUAUUUCUAUGGUAGGCCGUUAUGUUGCUAACACGUAAAGCUAAUUUUCCUGGCUAGCAUACACCAAGACAGCCAUUAUCGCCAUACUGAAACUCUCUGGAGGAGCAGAAAGACCAGCUCUCUAGAUAAAAUGGGACGUCACUUCGGAGAUCUCGCCAGGAUUCGGCAUGUGAUCACCUACAGCAUCUCCCCGUUUGAACAGAAGGCAUUCGCUAACUACUUCUCCAAGGGUAUCCCAAACGUCUGGAGACGAUUCAGAGCAUCGGUUUUCAAAGUUGCACCACCUAUGACUGUUAUGUACCUGACAUACACCUGGGGAAACAGUGUCCAUGAACAAGGCAAAAAAAAGAACAUCAGUGAUUUCGAGAAGGGUGAAGCCGAUGAGUGAAUCCAGUUAACGUCUCCUGGAGAAUCGUGUCUCUCCAACUUGUCUCUCUUUCUGUAUGAUUACCUAAUAAAAAAUAUUUAUGAAAAAGAA